AUGACAGACUUAUUACCUCAAACAUCAAAUAUGUUGCUACCACAGAGUACAUCGGAUCCGGAUCAAGUGGUUGAUCUUAUAACACGAGAAGAAAAACGCAAAUAUAAAACUGGUAUAAUCUUAUUGAUUGUAUCAAUUGGAGCUUGGAUUGUUGGAUUGGAGUUAGUCAAUGAUGUGUUAAAGGGUGGUGAAUACAGAAAACCAAUAUUUUUUGCUUUUAUUACGGGUUCUUGCUUUUCCUUGAAUCUAUUGUAUGAUGUGUUCAAUCUUGUCAGAGUGGGACUGUCUGAAGUGAAUGAACACAAGCCAUUGCUGAAUACUGACAAAGCUAGCGACCAAGAAAAUACCUCCCUAUCACCGAGGGAAGUCUUGAUCGUUGCAUUCCAAAUUGGCACAAUUUACUUCCUUUACAAUAUUUUUGCAAUGGAGGCAUUAAGGUUCACUUCAGCAUCCAAUCAAACUGUGAUUGGUUCAUUGACAUCUGUGUUCACUUUACUCAUUGGGGUCUUAAUCAAAACAGAACGUUUCUCAAGAAUAAAGGUUGUAUGUGUUGCAGUAAGUUGCUGUGGUGUAUUUUUAGUCAACAUGAGUUCAGUGGCGGAUCAGAGCGGUGAUCACAAAUACACUCCAAAAAACCCUAAACUUGGUAAUACAUUGGCUUUGGGUGGGGCUUUGUUUUAUGCUUUCUAUUUGUUGACAAUGAAAUUCAAGUGUGGUGGUUCCAAAACUACAAAUGAGAGAAGAUUAUUUGGCUAUGUUGGAGUGUUUAUUCUUCUAAUUGGAGCUCCGCUUUUGUACAUUGCAAAUGCGUUCGACGUGGAAAAGUUUGAACUUCCUCCUAACAACACAAUCUUGGCAAUUAUAAUCGCUAAUGGCAUUCUCACAGUUGUAUCCGACUAUACCUCAAUAUUAGCCAUGUUAUUGACAAGUCCCUUAGUUGUGUCCUUGACAUUAACGAGCUCCAUACCGAUUACUAUUUUUAUUGACUACGUUGUGCUAAUCCACGCCCGUGAACCUAUUAAUACCAGCUCAGUCUAUAUUUUGGGCAUAUUGUGCAUCUUCGUUGCAGUUCUUCUUAUAAAUGUCAACGUAGCGUCUGAAAACACGUUAAUUGAGGAGAUAAUCGAAGACACAUUAGAAUCAGCAAUCCAAAAUGAUGAACUCAUGUCUCCAAUUUUAUCGCCACUUCUUGGUAGCUCUUCAUAUCAUCAUCUGGUCAAAUCUCCAUUCCAGAUGAUAUUCAGUCCAGAGAUGACGGAUCAUCAAUACCCCAUCCCUGCAAAGGUAACUACAUUCAAUCUAAACGAGAACGAUGAAAGCCCACCUACACCGAAUUCGAAUCAUCAUCCAUCAUUUUACACCUCUGAAUCGAAUACUCCAGCACUACUCGUAUCAGGUGGAAAGAACCAUACAUACGAUAUUCACUUUGAAUGA